CUUGAUUGUAGAACAUCCAUCCUAGAAGGAUAUCCUUUUUAUGCUCGAUGGGUCAUUCGUAAGUCAACUAUAGGUUUUCCACCAGCAGCCAACUACUUCCAUCCUUGCCAGUAGGAACGUAGUGCGGAAACCCCAAUUUUAGCAAUUUUUUUUUUUCAAAUUUCUAAUGAUUUAUUAAUACUAUUUUAUUUCUACGAUAUAAAAACGCCUUAGAACUGUUGUCUGAACGGGUAUAAUAACAAGUAGCUGAUUGCGACGAUCGCUUUCUCUCUGUCCCCUUUUUUGCCUAUCUUCACCAGGUUUGGUCCUUGUUCCUCUUAAAAAGAAAUUCUUUUUGCAGACUUGUGUACCUCCACUAACAUGCCAUCCGCUCCUCAUAAAAAAACGUUGCCGGUCUCUUUCCUCUGGACAUUCAGCAUUCUGCUUGUCUUGCAUCUUACGUCAGCAUCUUUUCGUGUGAUUGACGAUUGUGACGAGGUGUAUAACUAUUGGGAACCGUUGCACUAUCUUUUAUAUGGCUAUGGUCUUCAAACAUGGGAAUACUCUCCCGAGUACUCCAUCCGCAGCUGGUUCUAUAUCUUUUUACAUGCUAUACCAGCUACAGUUGCCAAAACUAUGGGUUUGAGUCGUCUCCAUAUUUUUUAUUUUGUCCGCGGCGUUAUGGCCUGUUUUUCUGCCUUCUGUGAAGCUACACUUGUUCAAGCUGUUGCAAGGAACUUUAAUCGUGCUGUGGCCCUUCAUUUGACCUCUAUUCUCUUUGUCAGUUCUGGUAUAUGGGUUGCCAGUACUAGUUUUCUUCCAUCGUCUUUUGCUAUGAACAUGGUUACUCUUUCCCUAUCUGCCCAGUUGAGUCUUCCUUCAGCCAGGCGUACCGUUAAAGUCCUUUCAUUUGUCGUGAUUGGUGCAAUUUUGGGAUGGCCUUUUUCCGCUGCCCUAUCUAUUCCUUUUGUUCUUCUGGAACUUAUGGAUCUCAAACGCCAGUUUAUCCCUUUGAUGUCUCGCUGGUUGAAAGGUGGCUUCGUUUGUCUUUUGAUUGCGGGCAUUUGUGUUGCGGUGGACUCAAUCUUUUAUCAGAAACUUCAAUUUGUAGCUUGGAAUAUUGUUAAGUAUAAUGUCCUCGCAAAAGACGGUCGUGGUCCCGACAUUUACGGAACUGAGCCUUGGUGGUAUUAUUUUGCUAACCUGACUUUGCAACACAAUAUUGCCUUUUGGUUUGCGUUAGCUUGUGGUCCUUUUGUCUUCAUUGCUGCUCUCACCAACUGGAUUAAUUUAGAUUCCUUCCUUGACCUUUCCUCUGUCAUUUCUCCUUUUUAUCUGUGGUUGCUGAUCUUCCUUCUUCAGCCCCACAAAGAAGAGCGGUUCAUGUACCCCAUUUAUCCUGUUCUCUGCUUAGCUGGAGCUGUUGGAUUGGAUAUGUUCAUUAAAAUCAGCAUGAACUUAUAUACAAACGUGACGCAAAGGGCUCAAUCUACAUUUCCUGUUCGUAUACUUGUCCUUAGCAUUUACCUUCUUAUGGGAUGCGUUAGCAUUGCCAGAAUUUUGGCAGUGCAAAACUAUAAUGCACCAAUGAUUGUAUAUCCUGCCCUCAGAUACUUAGAAACUCCGGGAAGCUCAACAAUGAAUGUCUGCGUCGGUAAAGAGUGGUACAGGUAUCCAUCCAGUUUUUUUCUUCCUGAUAACGCUCGCCUUAAGUUUAUAAAAAGUGAGUUUGAUGGGAUCUUGCCUGCUGAAUUCAAAGAAGAUAAUGUUACGAGCUGGUGGAAUCGUCCUGGAUAUCAUGAAACGCCUAUGUAUAUGAACGACCUAAACCAUGAAGAACCAACCCGUUAUGUCUCUAUAGAGGAAUGUGACUUUCUAAUAGAUUCCGAGUUUACGUACUCGGAACCGACCAAACAUGAGUUGGUUUAUUCAAAGGAGCCUGGGUGGAAGGUUUUGUUUACGUUUCCUUUUAUUGAUACAAAGAAUACUCCAUUUUUUGGAAGAGCCUUGUCAGUUCCUUUCAGAGAUCCUAAAUGGGGAAGGUAUGAAGUGCUUUCACAAAAGCCUGUAAACAUUACAUUACCUCAAUGAUUGCCUUGAAAAUUCAUGUUUAUUUUUGAUAUGAAAUUCAAUUGUACCACGACGGUUUAUUUUUACCGAUACUUCUUUCAAUUUAUUUUAUGCGCUUUCAUAGAAAAACAUUAAUACUUUCGUUAGAGAAUAAGGAAUAAAUUUUAUUGAAGC